AAGCAGCAGCUGCGUGACGCUUAUUAUCAUCUGUACUAUAAAAUAUUAAUUUAUUUACAUUAAUAGUUCCAAAUAUAAUUAGAUUAAUAAUAAUAAAAUGGGGUAAAUGUGAGCUGUUUUAUCGCUGCUCUACUUUAAUUAAAAGGUAAGUUACGCUCAGGAUUGGGCAGUAACGGUAUAAGAUAACAGUGUUCCGUACAGCCCCAAUAACCUCCAAAUGUAAGGAAUUUAAAUACAGAAUAGUGAAGAAAAAAAAAACUAAUGUCAUUAUUACAAACCCAAUUUCAAGUUAAAGGGAAAUAGAACAGAAUGCAGAGAUUUGUACACUGUAUUAUACAGAAAUGUAAUAGAAAACAGCACCAGAAUUGUAAAUAUAAUGUUUGACCUUAAAUGGUAUUUCGGGAAUGCCUCAGAAAACCAUCAUCAGUAAACACAGCUCAUCACUGCAAACAGAAGCCAAAUAUCAACAACAUCCAGAAACGCCACCGACUUCUCUGGGCUCAAACUCAUCUGAGAUAAACUGAAGCAACGCAGAAACAUGCUGUGUCCAACUUUUUCUGGAAUUGGUUUUAAGAUCAUUAUGUAAUGGAACCUGUAGAGGAUAAAUUUGAACCCCGUCCUGCUCGCCAUCACUCACAGUCUUGUGAGGAUGUGAAGAGCGAGACCUCGGGCGGAAGGACAUCAAGCUCGGUGAGACACGUCACCCCUGUGGACCAGCAGAACAGAAGCUCCCAGAUGAAGCCUGUAAAGAAGGAGGAAGAAGAAGACGGUGGCUCGUCAGGAGGCGUCACGUCCACGGAGCAGCCGGGCGGAGGAGUCCAGGUGAUCACGGUAAAGGUGGAGGAACCUGAAGAGGAAGAGAAAGAAGAAGGAGAUUUCCUCUACCGUGAGCUCUGCAGGUCCUUCUUCAUCCCUGAUGCUCCGGUUCCUGUGGGGGUUGCAGAUCGAGCCAGACGAACUCUUCCUCCUGGCCUGGAGAUUCAGGAGUCCCAUAUUCCUACAGCAGACAGGAAGGGGGCGCUGCUGCGGGAGUACGUCUGCUCCUGGUGUCCUGUAUCCUACACGGCUCAGACUGACCUCCACACACACAUCAUGAGAUCCCACAGUGAGGAACACGUGAGGAUUCAGAACUCCAGAGACGAGCAGCAAACCUCCUCUAGAUCUUUCCACACUAUCGGCUCUGAGGGUGGAACCCAGAAAACCCUCCACUGUUCCGCGUGUGGGAGGAGCUUCACUCACCUGAACUUCCUCCAACAGCACCGGUGUGCUCCCACCACCGGAGACGAACCGUAUCGGUGCUCAGAGUGCGGGAGGAGUUUUACUCAACCUGGUCAUCUCCAGAAGCACCGGCGCAUUCACACCGGAGAGAAGCCGUAUCGCUGCUCGCAGUGCGGGAAGGGUUUCGCCGAGAGCGGGAACCUCCGGCAACACCAGCGCCUUCACGGCGGAGAGAAACCGCAUCGCUGCUCAGACUGCGGCAAGGGCUUCACUCAGCAGAGCAAUCUCCGACUGCACCGGCGCAUUCACACCGGAGAGAAACCCUUCCGGUGCUCGCACUGCGGGAAGGGCUUUACCCAGCGGACGUCUCUCAGAGUGCACCAGGGCGUUCACACCGGAGAGAAACCGUACCGCUGCUCGCAGUGUGACAAGAGCUUCACUCAGCUGAACUCGCUCCAGAUACACCAGCGCAUUCACACCGGAGAGAAACCCUAUCAGUGCUCGCAGUGCGGCAAGAGCUUCACUCACCAGAACUCUCUCCAGCGCCACCAGCGCCUUCACACCGGAGAGAAACCGUACCAGUGCUCCCAGUGUGGGAAGAGUUUUACCGACCGGGGAAACCUCCGGCAGCACCAGCACAUUCACGCUGGGAGGAAGCUGUACGAGUGCUCGCAGUGUGGGCGGGGUUUCAGCCGACAGAACUCCCUCAGCCUGCACCGGCACCUGCACUCCGGCGACAAACCCUACAAAUGCUCCGAGUGUGGCAAGAGCUACAACCAUCACAACUCUCUAAAAUUACACCAGCGCAUUCACACCGGAGAGAAACCCUACAAGUGCACGCAGUGCGGCAAGAGCUUCACCCGAAUGAACUCCUUCCAGGAGCACCAGCGCAUUCACACCGGAGAGAAACCCUACCGGUGCUCGCACUGCGGCAAGAGUUUCACCCAACAGAGCUCUUUCCAAAUACACCAGCGCAUUCACACCGGAGAGAAACCCUAUCGGUGCACGCAGUGCGACAGGAGCUUCACUCAGCUGACCUCUCUCAAGCUGCACCAGCGCAUUCACACCGAAGAGAAACCAUACCAGUGCCCGGACUGCAGAAAGAGUUUUACUCACCCACGGCAUCUGAAAACGCACCAGCGCGUUCACACCGGAGAGAAACCGUACCGGUGCUCGGACUGCGGAAAGAGUUUCACUCACCAGAGCGCUCUCCAAACGCACCAGCGCAUUCACACCGGGGAGAAACCCUUCCGCUGCUCGCAGUGUGGGAAGAGCUUCACUCAGCAGGGCACUCUCAAACAGCACCGGCUCAUUCACACCGGGGAGAAACCGUACCGGUGCUCAGGGUGCGGCAAGAGCUUUAAUAACCAGGGCAACCUCAGAACACACCAGCUCAUUCACACCUGAGAGGAACCCUAUCACCCUAUCAUCCACCAAAACAAUCAAGUUCACCUGUCUGCCACUAGAGGGUGCUGCUCACCUCUGGUUACCCAGUGCUCAGAUGCUGCCGUGUCUGGAUGAAUGUCCUCCCACAUUCCAAAACAUACCAGUAGGUGGCUUGGCUUCCCUAACUGGACGAGUAAGUGACGGCCUGUGAUGCCUUGAAGCCCCGACCGAGGUGUGUUCCUGCCCUGCGCACAGGGUUCGCCUGUAGGACCCUGGAACUGUCGCGACCCCGCUAAUGACUGGAAGGUUCUGAACCUGAACUAGUAGUGCAGCAGUGUGCAGAAGGUGGGUUGGUGUUGAGACAGAAGAAAGAACCAGGAGCCACAAGACGAGAAUCAUCGGUUUUAUUAAACCUUAACGUCAUGCCAACAAUAAAAAAAAACACUAUUUA